AGCUGAAUGAUGGCGGAAGAAAGAAUUGAAUUAGAAGACGUGGAAAUACACAACAUUUGACUUUUCUGCCGAGAAAAUACCUCCUAAUGAAAAUAAAACGGGAAGAAUUUCAUAUGGAUUUUAUCACUGAAGGCAGAGUGGGAAUGCGAUGUCCGCUGCUCUCCUUUCUGCUCCUCGCAGUCUGGAAGGCAGGAAGCGGCCAGCUCCACUACUCGAUCCCCGAGGAGGCCAAACACGGCACCUUCGUGGGCCGCAUCGCGCAGGACCUGGGGCUGGAGCUGGCGGAGCUGGUGCCGCGCCUGUUCCGGGUGGCGUCCAAGGAGCGCGGGGACCUUCUGGAGGUAAAUCUGCAGAAUGGCAUUUUGUUUGUGAAUUCUCGGGUCGACCGGGAGGAGCUGUGCGGGCGGAGCGCGGAGUGCAGCAUCCACCUGGAGGUGAUCGUGGACAGACCGCUGCAGGUUUUCCACGUGGAGGUGGAGGUGAAGGACAUUAACGACAACCCGCCUGUGUUCCCAGGAAAGGAACAAAAGCUGUUUGUUUCAGAAUCCAGAAUGCUAGAUUCUCGAUUACCGCUAGAGGGCGCAUCAGAUGCAGAUGGCGCAUCAGAUGCAGAUGUUGGGUCAAAUUCUAUUUUAACCUAUAAACUCAGUUCCAAUGAAUACUUUGGGUUAGAUGUGAAAACAAACAAUUAUGACAAUAAACAGAUCGAGCUCGUAUUAAGAAAAUCUUUGGACAGAGAGGAGGCUCCGAAACAUAACUUACUCCUGACGGCCACCGAUGGAGGCAAACCUGAGCUCACGGGUUCUGUUCAGCUGCUGAUCACUGUGCUGGACGUGAACGAUCAUGCUCCUGCUUUCGACCAGCCCGAGUACGAAGUGAGGAUAUUCGAAAACUCAGACGUCGGAACAACAGUUAUAAGACUGAGUGCUUCUGAUCGGGACGCAGGAACGAACGCGGCAAUCUCAUAUUCUUUUAAUAGCCUCGUUCUACCCCUCGUUAUGGACAGGUUUAGCAUAGAUCCCAGCACUGGAGAAAUCGUGAUUCGAGGGGAUUUGGAUUUUGAACAAGUGAAUUUAUACAAAAUCCGCGUAGACGCCACGGACAAAGGCCACCCUCCCAUGGCAGGUCAUUGCACCGUUAUAGUGCAAGUUCUGGAUGAAAAUGAUAACGUUCCGAAGAUUACACUGACGUCUUUGUCCUUGCCUGUGGAAGAGGACGCCCAAAUUGGAAGAGUCAUCGCCCUGAUCAGCGUGUCCGACCGCGACUCGGGUGUCAACGGGGAGGUGACCUGCUCGCUGACACCCCACGUCCCCUUCAAGCUGGUGUCCACCUUCAAGAACUACUAUUCCCUGGUGCUGGACAGCGCCCUGGACCGGGAGAGCGCCUCUGACUACGAGGUGGUGGUGACUGCCAGGGACGGGGGCUCGCCCUCGCUGUGGACCACGGCCACCGUGUCCGUGGAGGUGGCCGACGUGAACGACAACGCGCCGGUGUUCGCGCAGGCCGAGUACACGGUGUUCGUGAAGGAGAACAACCCGCCGGGCUCCCCGAUCUUGACGGUGUGCGCGCGCGACGCGGACGCGCAGGAGAACGCGCGCGUGUCCUACUCGCUGGUGGAGCGGCGGUGCUCGGCGGCGCCCACGGAGAGCGCGUGCGGGCCUGGGAAGCCCACGCUGGUUUGCUCGAGCGCGGUGGGGAGCUGGUCGUACUCGCAGCAGAGGGGACAGAGGGUGUGCUCUGGGGAGGGCCCGCCCAAGACGGACCUCAUGGUCUUCAGUCCCAGCCUUCCGCCCUGUCCUGUUGGUGUGCAUACGGGCGAACAACAGGACUUAAAUGAAGAUCAUUGUUCCAAAGGAUUGAACUCGGAUCCUUGUGAU